CACUGAUCUAACGUCGUCAUACCCAUUACCAGAGGGUAAUUUCCAGGUGCCCCUCAAUUCACCUCAACGCGAGGCACUGAACAUGAGUAUGGCGGCAGAACUCCGUGCCAAUUAUGAUUAUGACUUCGAGAAGUUUAGGGAAUGGUCGGGUGUAGUGAACAAUAGCACUAGCCCGGUUGUGUUGGCUGCAAAGCUGACCGGGGCCUAUCACAGUAUCGAAAAGGGCUUAACACUCGAAGAACCUCGCACAUUGUUCGGAAGGUCGAAAGUUGAAUUUAUUAUACGCGCGGUUAGGGCGCUCGAGAAGAUCGGGCACACCAGUGUCGCAACCCGCGGUGGCCGUGGCACCAUCCAAGACUAUAUGCGGUUCCACGAGGAGCACCAUUUCAGCUUACCUGCGGAUUAUGAGAAGGAACUGCGUGACUUCGUUAGCGAGGGAAAGGAGUUAUUCCCCGGUGGCGCCGUGUCAUUGACCAAGAAAGAAGUCCAAGACGCAACCUCCUUCGACUACACUCGAUUUGUGCAGACACGACACAGCAUCCGCCAUUACACAGGCGAGAGCGUCUCUCCAGAACGGAUUAAGCUGGCUGUCUCCCGCGCGAUUCACACUCCUCGAGCUGUAAACCGUGAGACGAGGCGCGUCUACGCUGCAUACGACCCUGUGCUGCGAGACCACGUAUUGAAAUAUCAGCAUGGAAACACUGGAUUUGGUCACAAACUUGGCGCGGUUCUGAUAAUUACAACCGACAUUCGCGAAUUUGACAUCAUUGGCGAGCGCAACCAAGCUUGGAUUGACGGUGGGCUCUUCGCUAUGGGACUCAAUUUCGCACUACACGCCGACAACUUGGGUACGCGCAUGCUGAACUGGUCUGCAGAUAAGGAGCAGGACCAGGCUUUACGCUCUGCUUUUGAAAUUCCUGAAUACGAAGUAAUUAUUACCAUGAUGGGAGUCGGUGGUCUCCCGGAAUCUCUGCACGUUGCGGCAUCGCCUGCUCCAGUAGCAGAUGAUAUCCUUUCUAUUAUCGAAUCGCGGCCUGGGACAGGAGCGAAGCCGCCGGCUGGUCGCCGUUAG